GGAGGAUUAUUCGAACAAAACCAUUCGCCCUGGUGCCGUAUUGUUGUGCGAAUGGUUGCGUGCAGCAUUUGUACACGUACGGUGUAGCUUUCUUCCGAGUUGUGCAGUUGAGUUAUACUGUGAGUGUCACAUCUAAUAGUACUUAACUUAAGGCAGGACAUGCAGGAUGCCAUCCAAACUGAGUGACUACGAAGUAAUUUGUACCAUCGGCAUUGGUUCCUAUGGGAAAUGUAAGAGGAUAAAACGAAAAAGCGACAGCAAGAUCCUGGCCUGGAAGGAGAUCAACUAUGGCAGCAUGUCAGAGACGGAGAAGCAGAUGUUGGUGUCGGAGGUCAACCUGCUAAGGGGGCUGCGUCAUGAGUUCAUUGUGCGUUAUUAUGACCGCAUCGUGGACCGAAAUACAACCACCAUCUACAUCAUCAUGGAGUACUGCGAGGGGGGUGAUUUGGGGAGCCUCAUCACUCGCUGCAAAAGAGAGAGAAAAUACCUGGAGGAAGACUUUGCCUGGAAAGUUCUCCGUCAGAUCACUCUUGCCCUGAAUGAGUGUCAACAGCGGGUCAAAGGUCGUGCUGUUCUCCACCGUGACCUUAAACCUGCUAACGUGUUCCUGGAUGCUGCACAUAACGUCAAGCUAGGGGACUUUGGUCUCGCCAGAGUGCUCCAUCAUGACACAAGUUUUGCCAAGACGUUUGUAGGGACUCCAUACUAUAUGUCUCCGGAGCUCAUGGACCACUGCUCAUACAAUGAGAAGUCAGAUAUGUGGUCACUGGGUUGUCUCAUAUAUGAACUGUGCUCAUUGAGCCCGCCAUUCACAGCCAUCAACCAACAACAUCUGGCAGUCAAGAUAAAGGAAGGAAAGUUCCGUCCCUUACCUUCACAAUAUUCACCAGAACUCCAGGACCUCAUCUCAAGAAUGCUGAAAGUUGACGCUGUGGCGAGACCUUCCAUUGAGGACAUCCUGAAACUUCCCAAAAUUCUUCAACUGUCCAACCAAAAGAAAGAUCGCCGAUCGAGCCAGCCAGAAGAUGCCACGGCCAGUGGAUUCCAGGAGAGAUUGGACAACGUAGCAAGACGGGAGGAGACACUGAAAAGAAAAGAGGAGGCCAUGCAGAGAAGAGAGGAUGGUAUCAGACUCCGAGAACGACAGCUGGAGGAGCGCACCAGGUUGCUGGAAACCAAGGAGAAAUGCAUGGCUACCAGGGAAAAGCUGGCAGAGGAAAAACUGCAAAGAGCCGAGACAUUGCUGAGCCAGUACCAAGCCACCAGAUUACAGCUCAACGAAAGAGUCAAGGAGCUGCAGACAGAAAAAGACUGUCAGGAGGACGUUCAUCCAGCAUACAUCGGCACUACGCCAAAACGAGUCCACUUUGCCCCCUUGGCACCUGGAAAGGAGAAUGAACCACCAAGAAAGCCAACCGAUCCUAGCCUGGUAUCAGAGAAACACCCAGAAGGCAAAGCGGCACAGCUGAAGGAGAGACUGUACAAGGCUAAGCUAAGGAGCCUUGCCCUGCAGAAAGAGGAACAGACAGCAAAGUAUAAGAGCAAACUCCUGAUGAACAUGAUGCGUUGAUCCACGCUGCAGCUUGUUGACCUGUCACCGUGGUGUCUAGUGGACAUUCUGUUGAAGUCUGUGCUUGCAGUGCUCCCAUCAUAGUGACUUGAAUCUCUGGCAUAGUAGUGUUGGGUUAUACAAGGGGGUUAGUUGGACAGUUAGAUGUUAAAGAGGAAUGAAUUAUUAACAAGGUGUACUUAGAUGCCUUCUUAAUGCUGCAGAAAUGAAUGAGAGAGUUACAAAGGAGAAUGCUGAAGCGGGUCCAUCUGUGAAUGAAUUCAUCUGCAGUGAAAACCUCUUUUCUAAAUGGAAAAGCUUCAGAAUAAGACCGCUAUCCUUCAGAAACAGUUCUAAGGCUUGUGAACACCUUCCAUUCAAACAUGGUUCACAUUUUCAUCAUUACCUGUCUCCAACACACCGCCAUCUUUGCCUAGUCUUUCAAAAUGUAAUGUACAGUGUCUCUUCUCCAGUUGCAGUGCUCCUCGGGUACAUUUAGAGGAAUUCACUACAUAGACAAUAGUUUUUAAACUGCAAAAUAAAAAUUUCUGAAUACAAAAAGUGAGAAACGCAUGAAAUUUGAGUUGAUAUUUGUAAUGCUGCAGUUAAUCAAAAAAUCUUUGAGUUGCCGGUACUUUACAUCCUCCAUGAUUCUCCAAAACACUGGGGCACUCAGCCAUGCAACACAGUUUCAUGCACUGUACAGUAAUAUAAUACGACACAAAUUUCUGUGUGUUACCAAUCACUGGUCUGAUUGUUUUUAUCCAUUUUAAGUGAGGACAAUUCAUGUUUAAACACAGAAGUGUUCAACUUAACUGCCAAUGCAUUUUAUUACAUGUAAAUACACAUCAACCCAAAGGAAAAUUACAAUAAUUUGUAAAUACAUGCAGAUGAAUGACAA